AUGCCAAGCCAGCAGAAGAAAAUCAUCUUUUGCAUGGCCGGUGUGUUGAGCUUUCUCUGUGCUCUCGGAGUUGUGACAGCAGUGGGGACACCAUUGUGGAUUAAAGCCACUAUCCUCUGCAAAACGGGAGCUCUGCUCGUCAAUGCCUCCGGGAAGGAGCUGGACAAAUUCAUGGGUGAGAUGCAGUAUGGGCUUUUCCACGGAGAAGGCAUAAGGCAAUGUGGGUUAGGAGCAAGGCCUUUCCGGUUCUCAUUCUUCCCAGAUUUGCUCCAAGCCAUCCCUGUGAGCAUCCACGUCAAUAUCAUUCUCUUCUCCAUGAUUCUUGUCGUCGUAACCAUGGUGGGGACAGCCUUCUUCAUGUACAAUGCUUUUGGCAAGCCCUUUGAAACUCUGCAUGGACCACUGGGGCUGUAUCUGGUGAGCUUCAUUUCAGGCUCCUGUGGCUGUCUUGUCAUGGUAUUGUUUGCCUCAGAAGUGAAAAUCCACCACCUCUCAGAAAAAAUUGCAAAUUUUAAAGAAGGAACAUAUGCCUACAAAACACAAACUGAAAACUAUACCACCUCAUUCUGGGUCGUUUUCAUUUGCUUUUUUGUUCAUUUUUUGAAUGGACUCCUGAUAAGACUUGCUGGAUUUCAGUUCCCUUUCACAAAAUCAAAAGAUACAGAGACCACUAAUGUGGCUGCAGAUUUAAUGUACUGA